AUGACUCCCGGCAAAAUCAAAGAGUCUCAGGACUCAGAUUCGGAUGUGGAGUUUGAAGAUGUCCCGAUCACGCACUCUGGUGGACAGCACGACAUAGACAUCUCGAUCUCUCAGCGUCCACCAACAUGGACACCAACCCUAUUACUUCCUUCGCAGCGAGUCAGGCCUCUUGCAUCGGGAUCCGAAGAGGAGACUCAACUCCGUGGAAAGAUCAGCGCUGGGGUCGAGCGGAUCACCUACCGCAAGAUGAAAUCCGACAUGGGCAUGGAUGCACCAGACACACCCGCGACAGAGCGCAAAUAUGACAGCUUCCCGGAGUUAGCAGACGAUGUUGAUGGGUUGAUUGAUACAAUCUGGGAAUCUGCAACACCGGCAAUCCAAACUGAGGCUCUGAUAACUCUAGCUGGACUAACCCAAACCUCUCUUCCAUCGUUCUCCUUCUCAGCUGAAGCUACGUUGUCGAUCUUUUACAAGUUUGAUAGCGUUUUUGCUGCAUUGUGCACCGGUACCCACCCUAUCACCGGAGCCGCACUGCCAGGUGCAGUUGUUGGUCAGUCUCUCGUCACAGAGACACAGAAGGUGCGAAUUCGAAGUUUGGCAGAGAGAACACGGAAUCAGAUAUUUUCUUACUUGUCUUCGCCGAGUACUUCUGUGGGCGAUGGAGACGAUGAAGAUCCGGAGGAUGCCGAUGAGCCAUGGAUGUUGGAGGCCACGAAGAUUUACGAGAAGAGUCUCAUGUUGCUUGCUGAGCAGAACGAUAUUACGGUAGAAGGUGAUGAGUUUACGUGUUAA